CUGUGUCCCUCGGACACAGCGUAUCAUCGAUCCACAGAAAGAGCCAAAGAUGUCGGCUCAGUCAUCAGUGCCACCUGCCAGUGCCCAUUAGUGCCAGAUUUCAGUGCCCAUCAGUGCCACAUCAAUGCCACAUAUCAGUGCUCAUCUGAGCUGCCUUUCAGUGUCACCCAUCAGUGCCAGUCAGUGCCACCUAUCAAUGCCAGUCAGUGCCACCUAUCAGUGCUGCCAGUCAGUGGCACCUAUCAGUGCCAGUCAAUGCCGUCUAUCAGUGUGCAUGCAUCAGUGCGCCUAUUAGUGCCCGUCAGUGCUGCCUAACAGUGCCAGUCAGUGCCACCUAACAGUGCCAGUCAGUGCCACCUAUCAGUGCCAGUCAGUGCUGCCUAUCAG